AUUGUGGCUUCUCAUAAGAUUCUAAGACGAUCCAGCUGUGUCUCUCCGUCCGUCUGUGUGUUGAAAACACGAUAGGCUCCAAUUCGGCAUACUCUUGUUUAUUUUAGUUUAUUCCGUUUUAAAUUUUGAGGUUACUUCAGCAAAACAUUCCAUAAUAUUGCAAUUUCCUAGAAAAUUUGUUUUUUCCUUGAACUUGCAUUUUACAAUUUCAGCAUACUGCUGCUACUGAUUUUAAUAUUUACCAAAUAAACAUUAUAUUCGAAUAGAUUUAAAGCAAAUUAAGGUAAUUAUUUAUAGAAAAGUAUAAGAACCACUUCACAAAACAGCACUUAUAAUUCAGCUAUGCGAUUAGAACUAGCAAGUUGUAAUUAUCUAAUCGGUAUUAAAUAAGUGGCUUAAGAAUUUCAAAAUACAAAUACUUAUCAUUAACCAUUUAAAUAAUUUAAAUAGUUUGUGGAACAUAGCAAGAGUUCGUUAGUCUUCUAGCAAACGUUUUAAUAUGCAGACAUUUGUUUUGUAUUUUUGCUGGUUUUUGUUAGUGGCCGGCAGUUAUAGCUACUCUUUAAAAGCCACCGCUAAGGAUUUGAUUGAGGCACGCAAGGCCGAAAAUGUGAAAUUUUAUUUGUAUACAAAAAACAAUCCCAAGACUCCCCAACAAUUGCUGGUCAAUAAUGUGGAAUCGGUGAAAAUCUCAAAUUUUAAUAAGGCUCAUCAAACCAAAAUACUUAUACAUGGCUGGCGUGGUUCUUAUACCUCCACACCCAAUGGUCCCAUACGUGAGGCUUAUCUAGCCACCGGCGAUUAUAAUGUAAUAUCCGUUGAUUGGAGUGACUAUGCCAAAUUGAAUUAUUUCAAGUCCCGCAACCUGGUGCCCCAGGUGGGCCAAGAUGUAGCCAAAUUUGUGGACUUUUUGAAUGAGAAAUUUCAAAUGAGUUUCGAUUCAUUGGUGGUUAUAGGCCAUAGUUUGGGUGCUCAUGUGGCGGGCUAUUGUGGUAAAACAGUAAAAAGGGGCAAAUUAUCAGCCAUCGUGGGCUUGGAUCCGGCCUUACCCGUUUACAAUUAUGAGAAUCCUGCCACCCGUUUAGCCAGCACUGAUGCCAAAUACGUAGAGACCAUACAAACGAAUGGCAAUACUAAGGGAUUUUUAAGGCCUAUUGGCACGGCCACCUUCUAUGCCAACUGGGGUCGCGUACAACCUGGCUGUGGCACAGAUAUCGAUGGCAAAUGUUCUCAUGCCAGAUGUGUUACUUUGUAUGCUGAGGCCAUUAGGGGUUAUUCCUUUGCUCCCAUUUACAAAUGCCAGAGUUAUGAUAAUAUUUUCUAUAAGACUGGCUGUACAGAAGUAGUAAAUGGUGUGAAAUUUGGUGAUCCUACAAGAAUUCAACAGAAGGCGGGUAUUUAUAAUUUUCAAACGAAAAGUUCGGCACCUUAUGGUCAUUUAUAAAGUAAAAUAAAAUGUUUUUUAAUGUUUUUUGAAACAAAA